GGCGACGCACACGACGCGCCUCUCACGUGGUCUGUCUCCAGCCCCGUCGCCGGCGGAGGCGGGCGCGGGCGCGUCCCUGUGGCCAGUCACCCGGAGGAGUUGGUCGCACAAUUAUGAAAGACUCGGUUUCUGCUGCUAGCGCCGGAGCUGAGUUAGUUCUGAGAAGGUUUCCCUGGGCUGUCCUUGUCCGGCGGCCCCUGCUGCCGCCUCCGGAGACGCUUCCCGAUAGAUGGCUACAGGCCGCGGAGGAGGAGGAGGUGGAGUUGCUGCCCUUCCGGAGUCCGCCCCGUGAGGAGAAUGUCCCAGAAAUCCUGGAUAGAAAGCACUUUGACCAAGAGGGAAUGUGUAUAUAUUAUACCAAGUUCCAAGGACCCUCACAGAUGCCUUCCAGGAUGUCAAAUUUGUCAGCAACUUGUCAGGUGUUUUUGUGGUCGCUUGGUCAAGCAACAUGCUUGUUUUACUGCAAGUGUUGCCAUGAAAUACUCAGAUGUGAAAUUGGGUGACCAUUUCAAUCAGGCAAUAGAAGAAUGGUCUGUAGAAAAGCAUACAGAACAGAGCCCAACGGAUGCUUAUGGAGUCAUAAAUUUUCAAGGGGGUUCUCAUUCCUACAGAGCUAAGUAUGUAAGGCUAUCAUAUGACACCAAACCUGAAGUCAUUCUGCAACUUCUGCUUAAAGAAUGGCAAAUGGAAUUACCCAAACUUGUUAUCUCUGUACAUGGGGGCAUGCAGAAAUUUGAGCUUCACCCGCGAGUUAAGCAGUUGCUUGGAAAGGGUCUCAUUAAAGCUGCAGUUACAACCGGAGCCUGGAUUUUAACUGGAGGAGUAAACACAGGUGUGGCAAAACAUGUUGGUGAUGCCCUCAAGGAACAUGCUUCCAGAUCAUCUCGAAAGAUUUGCACUAUUGGAAUAGCUCCAUGGGGAGUGAUUGAAAACAGAAAUGAUCUUGUUGGGAGAGAUGUGGUUGCUCCUUAUCAAACCUUAUUGAACCCCCUGAGCAAAUUGAAUGUUCUGAAUAAUCUACAUUCCCAUUUCAUAUUGGUGGAUGAUGGCACUGUUGGAAAGUAUGGGGCAGAAGUCAGACUGAGGAGAGAACUUGAAAAAACUAUUAAUCAGCAAAGAAUUCAUGCUAGAAUUGGCCAAGGUGUUCCCGUGGUGGCACUUAUAUUUGAGGGUGGGCCAAAUGUUAUCCUCACAGUUCUAGAAUACCUUCAGGAAAGUCCCCCUGUUCCAGUAGUUGUAUGUGAAGGAACAGGCAGAGCUGCAGAUCUUCUGGCAUAUAUUCAUAAACAAACAGAAGAAGGAGGGAAUCUUCCUGAUGCAGCAGAGCCUGAUAUUAUUUCAACCAUCAAAAAAACAUUUAACUUUGGCCAGAGUGAAGCAGUUCAUUUAUUUCAAACCUUGAUGGAGUGCAUGAAAAGAAAGGAGCUUAUCACUGUUUUCCACAUUGGAUCAGAUGAACAUCAAGAUAUAGAUGUAGCAAUACUUACUGCAUUGCUAAAAGGUACUAAUGCAUCUGCAUUUGACCAGCUUAUCCUUACAUUGGCAUGGGAUAGAGUUGACAUUGCCAAAAAUCAUGUAUUUGUUUAUGGACAGCAGUGGCUGGUUGGAUCCUUGGAACAAGCUAUGCUUGAUGCUCUUGUAAUGGAUAGAGUUGCCUUUGUAAAACUUCUUAUUGAAAAUGGAGUAAGCAUGCAUAAAUUCCUUACCAUUCCAAGACUGGAAGAACUUUACAACACUAAACAAGGUCCAACUAAUCCAAUGCUGUUUCAUCUUGUUCGAGAUGUCAAACAGGGAAAUCUUCCUCCAGGAUAUAAGAUCACUCUAAUCGAUAUAGGACUUGUUAUUGAAUAUCUCAUGGGAGGAACCUACAGAUGCACCUACACUAGGAAACGUUUUCGAUUAAUAUAUAAUAGUCUUGGUGGAAAUAAUCGGAGAUCUGGACGAAACACCUCCAGCAGCACUCCACAGUUGCGAAAGAGUCAUGAAUCUUUUGGCAAUAGGGCAGAUAAAAAGGAAAAAAUGAGACAUAAUCAUUUCAUUAAAACAGCACAGCCCUACCGACCAAAGAUUGAUACAGCUAUGGAAGAAGGAAAGAAGAAGAGAACCAAAGAUGAAAUUGUGGAUAUUGAUGAUCCAGAAACCAAGCGCUUUCCUUAUCCACUUAAUGAACUGUUAAUUUGGGCUUGCCUUAUGAAGAGGCAGGUCAUGGCCCGUUUUUUAUGGCAGCAUGGUGAAGAAUCAAUGGCUAAAGCAUUAGUUGCCUGUAAAAUCUAUCGUUCAAUGGCAUAUGAAGCAAAGCAGAGUGACUUGGUAGAUGAUACUUCAGAAGAACUGAAGCAAUAUUCCAAUGAUUUUGGUCAAUUGGCAGUUGAAUUACUAGAACAAUCCUUCAGACAAGAUGAAACCAUGGCUAUGAAAUUGCUCACUUAUGAACUGAAAAACUGGAGUAAUUCAACCUGCCUUAAGUUGGCAGUUUCUUCAAGACUUAGACCUUUUGUAGCCCACACCUGUACACAAAUGUUAUUAUCUGAUAUGUGGAUGGGAAGGCUAAAUAUGAGGAAAAAUUCCUGGUACAAGGUCAUACUAAGCAUUUUAGUUCCACCUGCGAUAUUAAUGCUAGAAUAUAAAACCAAGGCUGAAAUGUCACAUAUCCCGCAAUCUCAAGAUGCUCAUCAGAUGACAAUGGAAGAUAGUGAAAACAACUUUCAAAACAUAACAGAAGAGAUCCCCAUGGAAGUGUUUAAAGAAGUAAGGAUUUUGGACAAUAAUGAAGGAAAGAGUGAAAUGGAGAUACAAAUAAAAUCAAAAAAGCUUCCAAUCACACGAAAGUUCUAUGCCUUUUAUCAUGCACCAAUUGUAAAGUUCUGGUUUAACACGUUGGCAUAUUUAGGAUUUCUGAUGCUUUAUACAUUUGUGGUUCUUGUACAAAUGGAACGGUUACCUUCAGUUCAAGAAUGGAUUGUUAUUGCUUAUAUUUUUACCUAUGCCAUUGAGAAAGUCCGUGAGAUCUUUAUGUCUGAAGCUGGAAAAAUAAACCAGAAGAUUAAAGUGUGGUUUAGUGAUUACUUCAAUAUCAGCGAUACAAUUGCCAUAAUUUCUUUCUUCAUUGGAUUUGGACUAAGAUUUGGAGCAAAAUGGAACUUUGAAAAUGCAUAUGCUAAUCAUGUUUUUGUGGCUGGAAGAUUAAUUUACUGUCUUAACAUAAUAUUUUGGUAUGUGCGUUUGCUAGAUUUUCUAGCUGUAAAUCAACAGGCAGGACCUUAUGUAAUGAUGAUUGGAAAAAUGGUAAGUUGA